AUGGAAGUCAGCAAUGUAACCACAGUCACUGCCUUUGUUCUCCUGGGACUAUCCAACGACCCUCAAAUCCAGGUACUACUCUUUGGGCUAUUCCUGGUAAUUUACCUUUUGACCCUCACAGGGAACCUGAUGAUGAUACUGGUGAUCAACACUGAUUCCCACCUCCACACCCCCAUGUAUUUCUUCUUGAGUCACCUCUCCUUCCUGGAUGCUUUCUAUUCCUCAACCAUUGUGCCUAAACUGCUGGAAAGCCUUCUUUUUAAGUGGAAGACUAUAUCUUUCCUUGAGUGUUUUGCCCAGAUUUUCUUGGUCAUAUUUUCUGGGGCCACUGAAGCCUGCAUCCUUUCAGUCAUGGCCUAUGACCGGUUCCAGGCUGUGUGUCACCCACUGUUGUAUACUUUGGCUAUGAACAAGAAGGUAUGCACUGGCCUGGUGGUAGUAAGCUGGGCCUUCGGAAUAGGAGCCAGCCUGAUUAACACUCUCCUCUUGGCUCAGCAGUACUUUUGUGGCCCCAACCUUGUUCGCAGUUUUGCCUGUGAGCUUCCCCCAAUGCUCCUGUUGACCUGUUCUGACCCUUCCACUAGCAUUGCCUGUAUCUUGACCAGCCUUGUGGUCCUGGGCCUGGGCACCCUUGUCCCACUGCUGGGGUCCUCUACUCGCAUCAUCAUGACCGCUCUGGGAAUCAACUCUGCCAAGGGUCGGAGCAAGAUCUUCUCCACCUGCUCUUCUCACUUCCUUGUGAUCACCAUCUUCUAUGGUUCAGGAUUUUUCAGGUACAUGACUCCAUCAUCUGGCUCAGCCCUGGAACAAGUAGUCUCUGUGCAGUACAGUGUGGUGACCCCGAUGAUAAACCCCCUCAUCUACAGUCUGAAGAACCAAGAAGUGAAGGCAGCUCUCAGGAGGAUGUUGGUCAAGAAGUCCAGACCUACCUUCUAG